UUCUGCAUUUUCAUAUAAAUUUUUCCACGCUACCGUUCUGUUUCAAGUUUCUAUCCGUUAUUUUGAAAAACAAAAAUGUUUUAAUACUUAUCUUUCUCGAUAGUGAGUUUAUUUUUCGAACAAAAGUACUGUGAUUAAGUUGUGAUUUUGAAUUUCGGUUCGCUAAUUCCCACAACGGUGAUGGCGAACCCAACGGCAGAUUCGGUUAAGGUUGCCGUUCGUAUACGGCCCUUGAGCAGUCGGGAGCAGGAUCGAGGUUGCCGGAUAGUUGUUGAUCAACCGAAUACGUCGGAACAGCAAGUUGUUAUUGGAAACGGCAUCAGCGGAAAACCGGAGGCGUUCACGUUUAAUUAUGUUUUUUCGCCGGAAGAUAACCAGGAGCAGCUAUACGAGAAUGCAGUUCGUCCGCUGUUGCAAAAGUUGUAUGCUGGGUAUAAUGUUACAAUUCUGGCGUAUGGACAAACUGGUUCGGGGAAAACUUUUACAAUGGGCACUAAUUUCGAUGGAGAGAAGGAUUUGACAAUGGGCGUAAUCCCAAGAGCUAUUUACGACAUCUUUGAAAGGAUCGAGGAGACGGACGUUGAUGUUAGUAUCAGCUGUUCGUUCAUGGAAUUGUAUCAGGAAACUUUGUACGAUCUGCUGUCGAAGAAAGGCAGCCGGGAGGAGAGAGUGGUUGAUAUACGGGAAUCGAACAAUCAGAUUGUGAUUCCGGGACUGACUGAAGUUCCAAUCAGUUCAGCGAACGAUACUUUUGAGGCUCUGAUGUUAGGUUCACAGGAACGAGCGGUCGCUUCAACGGCGAUGAAUGCCGUAUCUAGCCGAAGUCACGCGAUUUUUACCAUUAAUCUAACCAAUCGGUCGAAAGGUGAAAAACCUACGGUUACAAACAGCAAGUUUCACCUGGUAGAUUUGGCCGGAUCGGAGAGACCUAAAAAAACUCAAGCCACCGGAGAGCGAUUCAAGGAAGGAGUCAAAAUCAAUCAGGGUCUGCUGGUGCUAGGGAAUGUUAUUUCGGCGUUGGGUUCUUCUGGAGGACCACUUGGUCAUGUGCCGUACAGAGAAUCGAAACUAACACGCCUGUUACAGGAUUCACUUGGUGGUAAUUCUGUCACAUUAAUGAUAGCUUGCGUUUCGCCGGCCGAUUAUAACUGCGAGGAAACGAUCAAUACCCUGCGAUAUGCGAAUCGAGCGAAGAACAUUCGAAAUAAAGCCGUGGUCAAUCAGGAUCCAAAUCAGGCAGAGAUUCGUCGGUUAAAUGCUGUUAUACAGGAACUACGGUUGGAACUGUUGUCCGCGACUACUGGAAAGGAGAAUGUUGCAGGGGAAGCAAACCGUCCUUCAACGGCUCCAGAAAAAACUAUAUUCCGGUCUAAUAGCGGCGAUCAAUUGUUAAAUGCGACAAUCACUUCAGCUGAGGCUAUGCGAAGGGAACGUGAAAUGUCGGAAAAGAUUCGUACUCUUCAACAGCAACUCCAGUCGGCACUGCAGGAUUUGGCCACGGAUCAGCUGCGUACCAUUUCGAUGGAAAAGAUUAUCGAAGAGUUGGAAAUUUUGCUGGCAAAUAGCCCAGACAGUGAUCUGAAACAGGAAAUUCAAGCGAUUCUGCUCGGAUACAAGGAGGAAACGGCUUUGAUCAGAAUCGAUGCUCAUCAAACCGAGUCGAUGCUACAUUCGGCAUCUGAAGAUUUCCAGAAUCGGUCCGAUACGCACACCCAGAAGCAGAUGAAGAUUAGGGAGGAACUGCGGCAGUUAACCAAGGAACUAGAACUGAAGGAGGAACUGCAUCGAAAGUGUUUGGGUAACAUUUCCAAUAUGACUUUCACGGUGAACUCCAGCUGCUGUAGUAGCGAUGAACUACUGGGAGAAUACGAGGUCAAGAUUAAGGAACUGGAAAAGCAGAUUGAAGAGUUGAAUAAUCAACUCAACACAACCAAGGUAGUUGACAAAAAGAGUAAAUUAGCGGAGGAGCGACGGAAGAAGGUUCAGCAGCUGGAAGCAGAACUAGCAGCGAUGCGGAAACAAAGCGUACAGCAGGCUAAGUUGCUUCAGAUGAAGGAGAAGGACACAAAGAGAAUUGAGAACCUCAGCAAAGAAAUCCAAGCGAUGAAGGCAAUGAAAGUCAAACUUGCCAAGGCAAUGCGUGCUGAGAGUGAAAACUUUCGUCAGUGGAAAAUCAACCGAGAGAAAGAAAUCUGCCAACUACGCGAGAAAGACAGGAAGUUAAAGAAUGAAAUGGUCCGUCUUCGGACGACCCACGACAAACAGCAAAAUGUUCUUAAACGGAAAGUGGAAGAAGCGCAGGCUGUGAAUAAACGUUUGAAGGAUGCCUUGGAACGGCAGAAGAAAGGUCAAGAGCAACGAGCAGCGAAAACUAUUGGUAAACCGGUUCGAGGAGCUGAUAUUUCUUCCUGGAUUGAUCACGAACUGGAAUUAAUUCGUUCGGUGAAGGACGCUUCGAUCACACUCAAAACAUUGAUGGAUGAUCGCGCUCUGCUGAAUUCAAAACUUCGCGAAAUGAAAAGUGACCCGGAGAAACACGACGAAGACGAUAUCAAACAGCAGGAGCAUGACCUAGAACUACGAAAUGCACAAAUUUCCGAUAUUCAGCAAAAAAUUCUUUCCAUCGAUGUCGACUCUAAGCAGAAAGCAAUUCUCGAGGGUAUUCCGACGUUUCCGGAGGCAAAACAAGCCAUCAAAAAACUACUGACAGUAUUUGCGGAAACGCAAGAAGAUGCAGCAAAGGCCCGCCAUCAGCUGGUGGACGUUCGACUGUCGGUUGAAUGUCUGGAAGAAUCGAACCGUGGACUUAUUGCUGAACUUGCCGAAACCAAGCAACGCUUCGCUAACGAAACCAACGAGCUUGCCAAAAUGUACGAGGAAAAAUUAUCGAUGUUGCUCAUGUCCAAACAGAAAUACGCUCGCCAGUCGCAGGAAACGGCCGUCACGUGCGAUUCGAUCCUUCAGGAAGCGAGUGAUCGGAUGGAGAAACUUCGUCAGGAGCUGGACUCGAUGAAGGAGAUGAAUUCGAUGCUGACGAAGCAGCUGGAGGAAGCUAACAGCAAUCGGGGUCGUCGUGUGCGGAAUAGUGCCAAGUCGGCGGCACAGGUGGCGAUAUACGAGAGUGAAGAAUUUGAGGAAGAGGAGGAGGAAGAUACCGAUCCGGUGGGUGAAUCAGAUCUGGAACGGGAUCCUGACUUCCGUGCGACACCGCUUAAAAAACGCAAGAAGUCCACUAGCGUACGCGAAUUGGCCAUGAAAAAAUCCAUUCUCGGCGGUGGUGGCCACAAUCGAAGUAAUCAGAGUCACUGCAGUUGUGCUUCCACCUGUUCCACCAAACGGUGCGGUUGCAAGAAACUUGGCGAAUUUUGCAGUGAUACUUGUCGAUGUCCAACCGGGUGCGUGAAUAGGAAAAUAGACGAACUGGGAGAUGAUGAGGAAGAAGAAGGGUCCACUUUCGAGACGGCCAACGAGUCUCAGCCGGGAAGGGAGGAUAACAAGGAGAACAUUCCCAAGGAGCCGGCGGCGUUUCUCGAGAAACGCAAGUCGCAGGACGAUAGUGACGAGGGCGUAGAAAAUCUAUCGCCUAAGAGAGUGAAACACGACAUUCUGACGCCUACCUACGUGUACUCUGUGAAGAAGCGGAAGCCACUGCUGGAUGACAUGUAGGUUUUGGGUGGCUUGGGUUGGCGAGAAACAAGACUUAAUCCAUCCGUGCAUCAUCUUCCACAUUCAUAAUUAUUGUACUUGACUAUCCUUUUUAUCGUGCGACAUCCAGUCGUAAUUGUUCUAUAUUUAAUGACUUUUGUUUUAAAUAAAAAUAAUCGUUUUAUUUUCG